GUUGAACAUGGGAUUUUUUUUUCAGUUUAUAGAGUAGAUAUCGAUGGAUAUAGUCAUUUGCUUACUGGCUGUUAUACACCAUGACAAGUGUUGCCAAUGCAGUCUGGUUGACUUUUGUUGCAUUUUUAUGGGGAGCUACCAACCCAUUUAUUAAACGGGGCAGUGCAGGAAUUGAAAAAAUCAAGAGAAAAAAUGCAGCUCUCCAGUUCCUUGCUGAAAUAAAAUUUCUAGUAUGCAGCUGGAAAUACAUGGUUCCCUUUUUGAUUAACCAGAGUGGAUCCGUGGUAUACUAUCUAACAUUAGCAUCUGCAGAUUUGUCACAAGCUGUCCCCAUAACAAAUUCAUUAACAUUCUUGUUUACAACAUUAUCGGGAACAUUCCUAGGAGAGAAAGUUGGAGGGAAAGAGACCUACCUAGGAAUGCUGCUGGUGAUUUUAGGAGUCAGUCUCUGUGUAAUGGACAAAGCUUCUUGAAGCCUGUUUGGAUAUGGUCUCAGUCCUACUGAACGAUUUUCCUCAUUCAAGUUGCAAACUGUUGCCCCACUGUAAAUGUGCCGAUGGCAGUGUGGGUGUGGAGUAUUUUUGUUGUAAGGCACUAGUAAUUAACAGUGCUCAACAUGUAAAAUUGAUGUUUUCUUUUCAGUAUUUAAAAAUGUAUACAUAGAUCACAGUAUCAUUUUACUUGGUGACUGUAUUAUAUUGGUAAUAUAUGUCCUUUUUACAAAUGUACUUACAUGUACUUAGAAGUUACACCUUAAAUCAAAUGUUUCAAAGGGUAUCUAUACAUAUAAGUUGAUGUGCAUUCCAACUUGUGUCAGUAUUAUAUAUCAUGUUUUGACAGAGCUGAAGUAAAAAAUUAAAAUACUUUAGAAAUGGAGACAUUGGUGCCAAGGAUGUAUUUGUCAGAUUGGAUUGGCACUUGAAGUGGCUGGUGAAUCUUUUGUUGGACUGAGGAGCAGUCUUAUUAGGAUGCAUUAUGUGAGGUAAAAACAAAAAUGGCCCAGACAAGAACAUUUUUGUCAUGUUGAACUAAAAAAGACACACACUUUAUUGCCAUUUUUGAGUUCUGAGUUACUGAAUUUUGCGUCACCCUUGUAACGAUGCUGAAGAUGGAAACUGGUGAAAUUUUUAAAAUUAAAAAAUUGGAUCAUAAGUUGAAUUUUUCUCAGCAUAUUUUGAUAGGAUAAACACUAACAAUUGAGGAAAGAUGUUAAAAUUUCCAAAAUAUUUUGAUAAAAUUAUUCAUUUAAAGAUCUUAAAUGAACUCUAUGCUUCUAUAGCCAUACAUAACUUAAGGACAUUGCUUAACAUUAUUUUUAGAGUCAAACAAGUUAAAUGACCUCUGAGAAAAGACAUUAUGCAUCCUGACGUAUUUCUAGAAUUGGAGCAUACACUAUCUUUUAACAUGUAAACCACUGUAUCUUGAACUCUUUCUCUCAGUCAUGUUUGACUGAUCAGAUGCAAAUGAGAAACCACAUAAUCUGUGAUAAAAUAAGGUCCAGCACCCAUUUACUGGGUUAACUGAAUACAGUAUGAGUGCUCAUGUUUUAUUGUUAUACAACAUUGAAGUCCUCUUUUUUAUAUACUUCAGGGAAAAGGAUCAAUAAAUGUUAGUUUACAAUA